AUGAGUGAAAUCUUGCACAUCUUCGUAAGAUGGCCUCAUGGCGAAACGCUUCCAGUUGAAGCGUAUUCGUGUGCAACUGGGGCUUCACUCCGCAGUUUAGUCCAACUCACUUCCUCCUCAGAUAAUCAAAUAGUCCUUGUUUUCAGAGGUGUCCGUCUUGACGACGAGAAAACCUUGGCAGAACAAGGAGUCAGCAGUGGAGAUGAAUUCACUGUUGAAAGGCAAACAGAUGAUGAAAAAGAGGAGGAAAUGCAAAGAAAACGUCAAAUACAAGAGCAGAUACGAGGAAUGUAUCGCGAAGUUUUGCGCCUUCAGGAUAUACAGCUGGAUCAGUUUGACACUGAGUUUGUUCAGCAGUUUAAUUCCAUGAAAGAUGACGCCUCCACCGAAGGAGAUUACUCUGACAGCGAUUCUGAGACUUGGAUUCCCAUUAAAACAGAGGUCAGUAAGCCGUCUACGAAACCCCUUCCAGUUUUCUGGGAACCAAAAUCAUAUGCGGAUGAAGAAGAAAGGCCAGAACCAUUUUUUGCCCAAUUCCAAUCAAUCGACCAAGCAUCAUCAUUUUUCAAUAAGGAAGGUUGGCAUUGGUAA